UUGCAGAUAUUCAAGAAACCUUACUUAUUCAAGCUCAGAACAGAAACCUACUCUGUACGGUGGGAAUAGGUUUACAAAUUUUUUCUACAUAAUUUUUUUCAGAAUGUUUUCGGCAUUUAAAAAAUUGGCAAAUAGAAGUGACACUCCUGGUUCUCAAAAUGGGACUGGGACCAGUAUUUCUCCGGGUGGGGUUCAAAGUAUGGCACACAAUCUCCAAAAGAAAUUCUCCAAGGGUUGCAACUAUAAUAUGAAGAUAGUAAUACGAGGAGAUAAGAAUACUGGUAAAUCUUGCCUUCUUACCAGACUUCAGGGCGGAGUAUUUAAAGAUGAAUAUUCUCCAACUGAUGAAAUCCAGGUUGCUUCAAUAAACUGGAGUUACAAGAAUACUGACGAUAUUGUUAAGGUUGAGGUUUGGGACGUUGUAGAUGUAGCAAAGAAGAGGAAAAAGCUUACAGGGCUAAAAAUGGGACCUGGAGCAGAAUCAGAAACUUUUGAACCCGGUCUAGAUGCACAGUUCCUAGAUGUAUAUAAGCAGGCACACGGAGUAAUUAUCAUCUUUGAUAUUACGAAACCCUGGACGUUUGACUACACGAAGAAGGAGUUAGAUAACGUCCCGUCUAAUAUCCCGGUUCUCGUCCUAGCUAACUUUUGUGACGCUAGUCAUCAUAGACAAGUAACAAAGUUGCAGGUCGCAGAUUUUAUUGAAAACUUUCAGAGAAAAGGAACAGAUCCUGCUCAGGUUCGGUGGGCGGAGUCUAGUUUAAGAAAUGGUUUCGGAUUGAAGUUUUUACAUAAAUUUUUCAAUGUUCCUUUUCUAACCCUGCAGAGACAAUCCUUGCAGCAGCAGUUGGAGCAGAACACGAGGGAGAUCCAGGCAACACAGGAUGAGCUGGAUCUGUACAUGGAGUCGGAUGAUGCAGAUUACGGAAUGUUCUCUCAAGGAUUAACAGUUCGGAGAAGAUUGGCAGCUGAGGAGGUGGCUCCGUUAGCAACUAGAUCUAUAGUUGUUGGGCAAGCUUCAAACCGAGUUGAAAUCUCCGCUGAAUCCUCGACAGAUAUCACCUAUUCAAACCGAUCCAAUCCUACCACGGAGAAACCAAACAAACCCUCUCCUCAACCCUCCCCGGAGGUUCCAACCACCCUGAGAAAGGACAUAAGUCCUGCUAAACCUGGUAAACUAGAUGUUGAGAACUUUGUACCGGAUACAGGAGACUUUGAUACAUUCCUGGAGGAGGAGAACUCUACAUCCAACCAGGGGACGAACAGAGCAAACGGGAACCUGGAUUCCAGUGAUGACGAGGGGGAUGGAAACCCAAUGGUUUCCAAGUUUGCUGAAGAUGUAGAUCUGGAGGAGUACCAACCCGUCCCAGACAUAGAGAUCGAUCCAGUCCUAGUUCAGGAGGAGAAUAAGCCCCGAGUGAAAGCAAAGAGUAAGAAGAAAGAUGUGAUUAUCUCCGACCUUGAACCUAGCUCCGUGGAGGAGGUUAAGCUUGGAGAACUAGAUCUGGAUGAUUUUCUCGGUGAGGUUGAAAGCAGUGUGGAGAUAUCUCACUCUACACAUGAUGGAUAUGAUGAAUUUUAACUUCUCUCAGUAUUAUGGUUUCGAUAACCCAGUCAGGGGAACAAAUUAAAAGCUUUAUUUUUACAUUUUAAAUCUUCUUAAUCUUCAUAAAUAUUCUAUAUUUUCUGAAAUGUAAAAGUUUA